UUUGGUUUUAGGCUGCAUUUGCAUGUUUAGAGUCUCCAAUAUGGCUGAUAAUGAAAUAAAUUUAAACACGACUGUAAUUCUUGAAAGAAAUAGUGUCCUCAAAGCUGUGAAACUCGUCGCAAACAAAGUGAUCGUCUUCGAAAAAUUAAGGUUUAAACCUGACAAGGCAGUUGGUUGCAACUAUGGGACAGUUUUUAAAGUUGCAAAUGGGGAAAUGGAGAUAACGGACCAGGAUUUAGAUUCAUUAGACACAAAUGCUGAUGAUGCGCAAGGAAAGGAUAACAGGUCCUUGGUUGACACCCAUGGUAAAUCGCAAACUAUAAAACGUGAAAACAUCCUUGAAAUGAAGGGGGAAGGGGCAACAGGGGAGGAAAUUGUAAAGUGCUUGGUGGAAAACAGUUCGUCGUUUAAUGAAAAAACAUCAUUCUCCCAAAACAAAUAUCUUAAGAAGAAAAAGAAGAAAUAUUUGUCUUAUAUUAGAAUCCAAAGACCAAACAGUCGGUUAAUCUGCCAACUUUACCAAGAGCGCGAACCGGCAAAGAUUUGCAACAUGAGAAUGGAAACAAUGUCCCAGAUAUUGACUGCAGCCAACAUUAAGCAUGGGUGUAAUGUUGGGGUGGUGGAGACUUGUUCUGGGGUUGUGUUGGGUUCGGUGCUGGAGAAACUUGGUGGUAAAGGUUGCGUAGUGAAUCUUCAUAAUGGGGAAUCCCCCCCAAACUUAUUCGCGAUCUCCCAUUUCAACUUCCCCGAUAAAUAUUGGGACGAAAACCUUCACUCAAUCCCGUUACGAACUUUGGGGCCGAUCCUCGCAAAACGGUCGUUCGAAUCAGAGUUUUUGACGGAAAAACCAACCAAAGUAGAAGCUGGGAGUUGCAUAAAGCAAAGACCUUCUGAUUCUGAUAAAAGCGAUAAUGAUAUAACAAUGGACACUGUAUCGGAACAAUCGAAUGGUUGUGACAAAACAAAGGGUGACAAUGACAUUAAAGUUUCGGGGAAAAGGAAAAAGUUUUCGGACGAAGAGAAACUCGCGGUUCGGUUGGAAAGAAGGGAGAAUCGUUUGAAACAUCAGCAGCGAGCGUGGGGGGUGUUGGAAAAUAAGUUGCUUGAUGCUGUGGUGGUCGUGUGCAAAUUCCACCCCACCCCAAUACUUCUAUGUUUGUUGGUCCUCCAGUUAUCGCGACCAUUCGUCGUAUAUUCCGAACAUAAGGAACCUCUCAUGGAAUUAUUUGUGAGGUUAUCGAUCAGCGGGUCCGCGAUCAAUCUCCAACUUACUGACACGUUAACUCGACAAUAUCAGGUUCUGCCUGAGCGCACACACCCCCAUGUGAUGAUGUCAUCAGGGGGGGGUUACCUACUUACCGGGUUAAAGGUCAAACCAUGAAAGGUCAAAUCGUGAGCCCUUGAAUAAAUUAAGUCGAAAAUGGGUGUUGGAAUUUUCCUGAUAUUACAAAUUCAAAAUCCCUGUUUUUAACCCCUUGGUUUCCCACCCCGAGGAUAUACGUGAAAGUAUCCUAACUCGACAGUGAGCAUGAGGUGCAUGAAGCUAGGAUUAAACUGUGAAGUCUUGAAUAAAUUGAGUGACAAUGGAUCACAA